CUGGACCCUCAGGCUGGAGCAGCCUGUUAAAGCCUCUCAGGUGUAGCUGCAGAGCACAGGCUCCUCCCCAACCAGGCCUGAUUAGAUUGUCAAAAGAAAGAGGAAGGCUUCCUUAGAGCUAAAAACGUAGUUGCUUUUUCGCUGUCAUUCGGAGGCUGAAAAGUUAUUUAAACUUGUAGCAGUCAUGGAAACUAAUUUGGGAGAUACUGUCGACUCAAGUCAUCCGUAACACCGAUUCGUCGUGCGCACUGUAGUUGCCAAAAUAGCCCGUUAAAGUGGGAAGAGCGAAGUUUGUUUUUCCCUCGGAGACGUUACUACCUACUGUAGCAGACGAGCUAGCCUAGCUAAAGCUAACGUUAGCGCACUUUGUACCGCAUACUUUGUGGACUUAACAUUGUUGAAGCUUCAGUUUGCGUUACAUGUGGAUGCUGGUAGAGUAACGUGCUCAUUUGCCUUUUAAAGACACAACAGGUUGUUUUCGUACUUUGCGUCCCGAGGACUUGGGCUGUGCUUUGAAUUUCCCUCCUUCCGUGAUGCAGCGAACGGCUUAGUGCGGUGUAUUUGGCUGUCUACCAAGUCAUUAGCAGCACUGUGCUAACUUUGGCUAGUUAGCCAAAGCAGUAGCCUAGGCCCAAAGUAAUUAACAGUUGGCGUUUUCUCAGCAUAAGACAGUUGGAGGAAACUUUUUUUCUUUUAAGAGUUUGGGAAAUUAUCGCUACACGAGUUUGUUUUGACACACAAUCCAAGCAAACGGAUUAAGUAUGGAUCCCAACACAGGGACUUCUGCCUCAGCUGCAGGUCUGAAGAAGGACAAAAAAUCAAAGAAGAAUUAUGAAGAUGGAGAUUCGAAAAAGAAGUUUAAACUCAAGCGGCUGUUUCCUGAUGAGUUGGAGCGUUUCACCAGCAUGAGAAUGAAGAAGGACAAGGAGAAGCCCAGCCAUAUGCCAAGUCAGCGACACUCUUCAGCUGCCAGCUAUGAGAUCAACGCUCAAAGCGCCAUGCUGCAUGAUCAUUCAGAUGAAUAUGUCCUGGAGCUCUUCGAACAGAUGCUGGUUGAUAUGAACCUGAACGAAGAGAAGCAGCAGCCUUUAAGAGAGAAAGACAUUAUGAUCAAACGAGAGAUGGUCUCCCAGUACCUCCACACAUCUAAAGCUGGACAAAACCAGAAGGAGAGCUCCAAAUCAGCUGUAAUGUACAUCCAGGAGUUAAAGUCAGACUACAGAGACACACAGCUGCUGAGCUGUCUAGAGUCUUUACGUGUUUCACUUAAUAACAACCCUGUCAGUUGGGUGCAGAACUUUGGUGCUGAGGGGCUGGCCUUGCUGCGGAACCUGAAAAAGGAGGAAAAAGACGAAAUGAUGGGAGUGAAAUGUCAGCAUGAGAUCAUUCGCUGUCUAAAAGCAUUUAUGAACAACAAGUAUGGCCUAAAAUCCAUGCUGGAGUCAGUUGAGGGAAUUCCCCUGCUGGUCCGAGCCAUCAACCCUGUGGUGCCUGCUAUGAUGGUGGAUGCUGUCAAGCUGCUGUCUGCCAUUUCCAUUUUGGAACAUCCUGAGAACCUUCAUGAGCGUGUUUUGGAGGCCAUUACAGAGGAGGCUGAGAAACGGGACAUUGAGAGGUUUCAGCCUCUUCUUGCCGGCAUGAACAAAAACAGUAUUGCUCUCAAGGCUGGCUGCAUGCAGCUAAUCAACGCCUUGAUCAGCCGAGGAGAAGAGUUAGACUUCAGGAUCCACAUUCGCUCUGAACUGCUCAGAGUGGGACUCAGAGACCUGCUGAGGGAGGUGCGGACGAUAGAAAGUGAAGAGUUGAAGGUGCAAGUUACAGUGUUUGAUGAGCAGGCUGAAGAUGACUCUGAGGACCUAAAAGCACGUCUUGAUGAUGUACGCAUUGAGAUGGAUGAUGUGAGGGAAGUGUUUGAAAUCUUGGUGAACACGGUGAAGGACUCAAAGGCCGAAAGCCACUUCCUGUCCCUGAUGCAGCACCUACUGCUGAUCCGUAAUGAUUAUUUGGCCAGGCCGCAGUACUACAAGUUAAUAGAUGAGUGCGUCGCUCAGAUUGUGCUUCACAGGAAUGGCGCAGACCCUGACUUCAAGUGCCGUAACCUUAGCCUCAAUGUUGAAGGCUUGAUAGACAACAUGGUGGACCAGACCAAGGUGGAAACCAGUGAGGCUAAGGCCACUGAGCUGGAUAAGAAGCUGAAUGCAGAGUUGAUGGCGCGCCAGGAGUUGCAGGUGGAACUGAAGAAACUGGAGGGAGACUAUGAACACAAGCUGCAGGACUUGAGCCAAGAAAAGGAACAGCUGGCCUCUUCUAAGCAGGAGCGAGAAAAGGAGAACCAGGAACUCCAAAAACAGCUAAGCACUGUGAAACAGCAGAAUGAAAAGCUGUCUAAGGAUCUGGAAGAGGCCAAGAAUAACGUUGUCACAGUUAGGGUUCCUGUACCAACACCCCCUCCACCUCCGCCUGGCCAGAAUACAGGUCUGCCCCCUCCACCUCCGCCACCACCCCUACCAGGAGUACCUGUUCCCCCUCCCCCUCCUCCUAUGCCAGGCAGUGCUUGUAUUCCUCCUCCCCCACCUCCUUUACCAGGCAUGCCAGUACCUCCACCAGCCCCGCCCCUUCCUGGCAUGCCAGUACCUCCACCCCCUCCACCCCUACCUGGCAUGCCAGUACCUCCACCCCCUCCACCCCUACCUGGAAUGGGACUUCCACCGCCGCCGCCACCACUGCCUGGGGGUCCUGGUAUCCCUCCUCCACCACCAGGCCCAGGCAUGCCUCCACCGCCACCAUUUGGUAUGGGCGCCUGGGGUGCCCCCGCACCACCUCCACUGCCUUUUGGGCUCCAGCCUAAGAAGGAGUACAAGCCUGAGAUCCAACUAAAGAGAGCCAAUUGGAGCAAGAUCGGACCCGAGGACCUGUCUGAGAGCAGUUUCUGGACACAAGCAAACGAGGAGCAAUUUGAAAACAAGGAGCUAUUUGCCAAACUUACCUUGGCCUUCUCCUCACAGACAAAGACCACUAAAGCUAAGAAGGAUCAGGAUGGUGGAGAAGAUAAGAAGCAGCCACAAAAGAAGAAGGUGAAGGAGCUGAAGAUUCUUGACAGCAAGGCUUCACAGAACCUCUCCAUUUUUCUGGGAUCAUUCCGUAUCCCUUAUGAAGAGAUAAAGAACGCCAUUCUGGAGGUCAAUGAGAAGAUCCUCACAGAAUCUAUGGUUCAGAACCUGAUCAAACAACUGCCAGCACCAGAGCAAUUGAGUGUCCUGGGAGAGAUGAAAGAUGAAUAUGAUGACUUGGCUGAGGCAGAACAGUUUGGAGCAGUGAUGUCUAGUGUAAAGCGACUGAUGCCACGGCUUCAGGCCAUCCUGUUCAAGCUGCAGUUUGAGGAACAAAUGAACAACAUCAAGCCAGAUGUGGUCUCAGUGACGGCAGCCUGCGAGGAGCUCAGGAAAAGUGACAGCUUCUCCAGACUGCUGCAGAUCAUCCUCCUUGUCGGGAACUAUAUGAACGCCGGUUCUCGUAAUGGAAAAGCAUUCGGCUUCUCCAUAUCAUACUUGUGCAAGCUGCGUGACACCAAAACAGCUGAUCUGAAGCAAACGCUGCUCCACUUCCUUGCUGAACUGUGCCAGGAGCGGUAUCCUGAGGUCAUGAGUUUUCCAGAUGAGCUCAUCCACAUGGAAAAGGCCAGCAGAGUAUCUGCAGAGACUCUUCAGAAGAACCUAGAGCAGAUGGGCCGUCAAAUCAAGAGUUUGGAGAAAGAUCUGGAAACCUUCCCCCCUCCACAAAAUGAUAAAGACCUGUUUGUGGAAAAGAUGUCCAGUUUUGUGAGCAAUGCCAAAGAACAAUAUGAGAUGCUCGAUCUGUUGCAUAAGAAUAUGGAGAAGCAGUUUACCGACCUGGGGGACUAUUUUGUCUUUAACCCCAAAAAAAUUUCUGUAGAGGAAUUUUUUGGGGAUAUCAACACCUUUAAAAACAUGUUCCAGCAAGCGGUGCAGGAGAAUCAGAAGAGGAAGGAGGCUGAAGAGAAGAUUAAGAAGGCCAAGCUGGCCAGAGAAAAAGCAGAGAAGGAGAAGGAGGAGAAACUCAAGAGGAACCAGCUCCUUGACAUCAACGCAGGAGAUGAUGAAACUGGUAUCAUGGAUGGCCUGUUGGAGGCGCUUCAGUCCGGUGCUGCUUUCAAGAGAAAGAGGGGUCCACGACAAGCAGCCAACCACAGACGAGCUGGUCAUGCAGUGACUAACAUCCUGGCCAAAGAGCUGAUGCAGGAAGAUGCGCCUUCGUCAAGUAAAUUUGCUGGAAAGAAGACAAAGUUAGAGGAGAAAGAGCAGCCUACACUAGAAGAAGAGUCAUUAGAGGAAUUACUGGAGGCGGCUCCCCCUCGGUCUAAUUAGGCAGCCGGGGCAGAAUUUGUUUGUACCCACAUAGUCAGUGAUAUCCAAACACACAUUUAUAAAUCUUAGGCAUUCCAGGGGCCUGUAUCAUUCUGAGAUUAGCUUGCUGAAAAAAAAAAGGCCUUUGUUUUCCCGACCCUUGUCUUAACAGGACCAUCUUUUAGGGUAGCAUCGACUCAGGGAGGACAGUGAGAGGCAGGGGAUGAAGGCGGAACUCUCACCUCAACUCCUAGAUGUUGGAUCUUUGCCAUUGUCAUAAAAAUGUAAUUGCUUUCUUCAGCAUGUGCACAUAUCUGCUUAUGUACUGUUGUCUGUGUUUCUGUAUUUCUACAUCACUUAGUUCACCUGUCAUUCAUCAGAUGGCAUCUUGAGUAAUUCCGAAGACUUU